AUGUGUGAGACUGAGUGUCUACGAAGUUCUCGGAAGAUUUUCGUGGUCUGCUUUCCGCCGCUAGAUGGCGCUCCAUCGGAGGAUAGCUUAGUCACGGCUCCCGUCACUACACCCCCUGUGCCACACUUGGACCCCUUCGUCAGGGAGUUAUUGGACGACCCCGUUUUUCACAACAGCAGCGCCUUGGCCAAAAACAACGCCACCCACCGACCGCCGGGGGAACUGCUUCGGAUCCUAGGCAAGAUCGACUCUCGGCCGUGGAGCUUUAACAAACUCGCCGUGCAGCAAAUCAGGAGGGAACUAGAAGAGUCCACUCACACCCGGGAGUUGUUGGUGCUCACCCAGCAGAACACUCAGCCGAACACUAGCAUCGGAUUCGCACACAGAAACAAUAAAUUCUACAUCCCAGAAAGCUUGCACAAGUACCAACCCCAAGAAAUGCCAUUUGCAAAUGCCAGCUACAAAGAGUGCAGUAUCGUUGGGAAUAGCGGGAUCCUUGUUAACAGCGGCUGUGGGCAAAGGAUUGACCAGGCUGAGUUUGUCAUUAGGUUUAACUUCCCUCCUGUGUUGACGAAGUUCAUGAAAGACUCUGGCAUCAGGACCCAUCUGUUCACCUGUAAUGCAGACAUCGUAAAUACCAAGUUUGGGCACCUUAAGAAAUCUAGAUGGGUGAGCACCUUUAAGAACUACGUCUCGGUGUACAAGUACUACCGCAGCAGCGUCUUGACCUUCCCUUUCAUGACUCCUGGGAAAAGUAAGAAGAUACUUCUCGACCUCCAGAAGAUUCUCAGCGACCGGAACGUCCCAAAUAAGGUGUUUCUAAACAACCCCGAGCACAGGAGAAACAUGUUCGACUUCUGGGCGAGGAGAGGUCUGGAGGAACGGAGUUUGACUUCAGGGUUCUACAUGAUCAGCGCGGCGCUGUCGUUCUGUGAGCGGGUGAGGGUGUUCGGCUUCUGGCCGUUCGACCGGGACCGGCGGGCCAGUCCGCUGCAGUACCACCACUACGGCGGGAACUUGCGGGACAAGGGUGCCGACAACCCCUGGCAUCGCAUGGACAGGGAGUUCUACCAGCUAGUCCAGCUCCAUGCGAGAGGAAUCAUUGAGCUUGUCACUAAACCCUGUUCUUAGAUAAUCAUCAGGGCCAGUAUACAUGCCAGUUCCUCAGCUCCAGGGCUAGCCUGGGUGCCAGACUGUUGCCAGGGCCAGUAUACAUGCCAGCUCCUCAGCUCCAGAGCUAGCCUGGGUGCCAGACUGUUGCCAGGGUCAGUAUAAAGGCCAGCUCCUCGGCUCCCAGUCCGGCUCCAGAGCUAGCCUGGGUCCCAAUCUGUUACCAGGCCAGAUGCAGAGACAUCAACGUUAUACAGGCUAUACUAGUAGCUCCUGCCUCCAGGGCUAGCCUGGGUGCAGGACAGUAGCCAGGGGCAGGAGCAAGGUUAGCUUCUCGGCUCUAAGGCCAGUCUACCUGGGGACUAGCUUAGUAUAUUGGCCCUGGGAACAGUCUGGCAAACGGGCUAUCUAGCUCUUAGCUUGAAAUUUCAUUCGUCUGUUUAUGUUUGUAGAAUUCGUUAUGAAAUAGUCGUCUUGUUUUGUGUCAAUAAUUUUGCGCGGAGGUGUUGUUUUAUUUUCCGUGCGUUUAUUUGUGGGUUUGCUUGUGCUUCUGUAGUUGCUUCCAAAUCAUCAUGACGCAGUACAGAUCUGUGUAUACAAUUUCUUACUUGUUGAAGGAAUGAUGACCAUUCAGAGGAUUUAUACAAGAAGAAUAAAAAGUCUAAACAUUGCGUCUGUGUGAUUAAGAUU